AGUGAAAGUAGGCCUUCCUGUAGAAAAGGGUACAAAGUUGGAGCUGCAGGUCCAAGUAAAUGAUUGAUCCCAGUGAUAGCUGUCAUGGCAACAGGAGGAAGUGUCAGGGCAAUGUCAGCAAUGUAUGGCCACCUCUUAGGUCUCCAGAAGCUGAAUCUCUUGGACUGUGCUACCUAUCUCACUGGUACUUCUGGCUCAACAUGGACCAUGACCAACCUGUACAAAAAUGCCAACUGGUCACAGAAAACUCUGGAAGGGCCAAUCAGUCUAGCAAAGAAACAGGUGAUGAAGUGCAAGAUGAAUGUUAUUUCCAUGGAGCAUCUUAAAUAUUAUCACGAAGAGAUGAUUAAGAGGGCAAAAGGAGGACACAUCUCAUCUUUUACAGAGCUGUGGUCACUUGUUCAGGAAGCGUUUUUACAUGAUGAGCCAGAGGAGAGUAAACUCUCAGACCAGCGCAAGGCGGUGGAUCAGGGUCAGAACCCCUUGCCUCUCUAUGCAAUCCUCAAUGUCAAAGCGGAACAAAUCAGCACUUUUAAAUUUAGAGAAUGGGUGGAGUUCUCACCUUACGAGGUGGGAUUGCAGAAAUACGGAGCCUUCAUUCGAUCAGAAAAUUUUGACAGUGAGUUCUUCAUGGGGAGGUUGGUGAAGAAACUCCCAGAGUCUCGGAUCUGCUUUCUGGAAGGUAUCUGGACUAAUGUUUUUACUCGGAAUUUGCUGGAUUGCUUAUACUGGUCCUCAAAUUCAGAUGAAUUCUGGGACCACUGGGCCAAAGACAUGGUAGAUAUGGGUAGAGAAAAUAAUGCUUCUGAUGACUCUUCCAUUGUCAUCAAGUCUCCAUGUUCCAUAUCAGGAAACCUUUGUGAAAUCUUUAAUGACAUUCUAACCACCCGCCCGCUACUGGAAGAGACUCAUAACUUCUUGAGAGGCCUAGAAUUUUACAAGGACUAUCUCCAACAGAGAGGAUUUAUUGAAUGGAAAGACACUGUGCUGGAUAUAUCCCCUAACAAACUGACUCCACGGGAGAAACAUCUUUGCCUAAUAGAUGUUGGCUAUUUCAUUAACACCAGUUGCCCACCGCUUCUCAAGCCAGAGAGGAAUGUGGAUGUCAUCAUCUCACUUGAUUACUCGAUGGGCAAUAUGUUCCAGCAAUUAGAGAUGACAUACAGAUAUUGCAAAACACAAGGAAUCCCAUUCCCCAAAAUUGAGCUGAGUGAGGAAGACAAGAAGAAUCCCAAGGAAUGUUACGUGUUUUCAGAGGCAGAGAACCCCAGAGCUCCCACAGUGAUCCACUUCCCAUUGGUGAACAACACUUUCAAGGACUACAAGGAACCUGGGGUGAAGCGCAGUCCCUUGGAGAUGAAGGAUGGUGAUAUAAAUUUGACCAACAAUAACUCACCAUAUUAUUUUACAAAACUGGUGUACUCUGCUGAAGACUUUGACAAACUGGUAAAUCUGAGUAGCUACAACAUCCUCAAUAACAAAGACCUGAUUCUACAGUCCAUCCAGAGGGCUAUGGCAUGGAGGAGAACCAGCAUGAGUGGACGUUUACCCACCGGUUUUGAAGUUCAGUCUGCCUAGGCAGUAUUUCUGCAUCAUCUACCUGCUGUAGGUUACAGUGUUCUGCCAAUAUUUUACCAGAGGCACUGCUGGUUACCUAUUACAUUGUAUGAAGUGAUACGGCAUCUGUGUAUUUCUCAUCUUGUCCAUUUCAAAUUGUCUUAGCUGUAAACAAGUUUUAUUAAAAAAAUCCAGUUUUUGCAGCCA